AAAACUUAUGUAGACGAAAGACAAGACACAUGUCCCCCGAGUCAACCAAGAAUACUCUCGCCAAUUGCUUUUUAUUCGGAGUGCCAGUGUGUAUUGGCUAUUUCGGGAAUCGAAUAUUGGAAGCUCAACUACUACGUCACUCCAUCAUCCGGUAGUGUCGGCUGCUGGCGAUCAUAUUGUCUCGAGCCUUGCAGACCAAAAUGUUCUGAAAUACUUCCUACGGCACUCUUUUCACGGAAUCCAGCAUGCGCACCCAUCCAUUGGAAUCCAAUGUGCACGUUCAUCCCAUUCUGCCGCCGUCACGCCAGACGUGGUUCGAGUAUUUAUGGAUGCGACUCGCAUCCCGAGCCGUGCCGCCUCGAGAAAAAAACCAGGAACUUGUCUGUGUUUCGCAGGCUGAGAUUUGGCGUGCAUCGAAGGAUUUAUGCUGCAGGAUAGUCGUUGCAUGUGAGCAAUUUGGGCUUGAACGGCACAGACCACAAGACGGGAAGAGGAUCGUCAAUUCAUCUUAAGCUCUGCUGCCCCUCGCAGUCUUCCACCUCGAAUGACCCUUUUGUGAAUCGUUGAUUGUCGCACUUUACUCUUCUACGGGAAUUUAUUUGAAACUUUGCAUUUCUUGAUCCGCACAGCAGUAAGCAAUGGCUCGUACCCACAGUGUACCGGAAACCACACAAGUCCACUGGCAUCAGGCAAACCUCCAGAUAACGAUUUUCGCUAAAUACGCAUACCUCUCGAUUCCUACAAAUUGAAAGCUUCGUGGAAAUUCAUUUGGCCGUCGCACGUUAGACCGUGUAUCCUUCACCUUAGCCCAAUCUAUGCCCCAAUUCCCAUGAACUCCUAGUACGCCAACAUCCCCUCCGUUGUAACUCGGAGCCCCAUCUCGAGCCUCGUCUUCGAUGCAAACAGGUAUUGCAUACCCUCCUAUCUGAUUGCAUUCC